UCAGAUGUAAUCGUUUGCUUCAGCCCAAAUUCUCAACACAUUAGAUGAACUGUUUUCAAUGAAAAAAUUGCUUGCAGGUACUAUGGAAUGCUCAGCGGAGAUAACAAUCAUCCUAGCUAUGCUUCAGGUGCAAAAUGUGUUUACAAUACCCGGAGGGGGUCAAGCAGCUCUGAAAGCACGAGUCGCACGUCGCAAGUUCGAAGCAGAAGAAGGGGAUCUGAUCACGUUGUUAAAUGUCUAUACGGCCUAUGAGUCCCAGAAAGUAACAAGCUGGUGUCACCAGAAUUUUCUCAAUCACAAAACGCUACGAAGAGCCACAGAAAUUCGUACCCAGAUGUGUAAAAUGCUUAAAAAGUUGAAUAUUCCACUUAUCUCUUGUCAAGGUGACACCGAAAAGGUUCUGAGGUGCAUUACUGCCGGCCUUUUUCCCAACACUGCGUAUCUUCAUUACGCUGGGGUGUACAGGACCGUUCGAGGUAGCAGGGAACUUCACAUUCACCCCAACAGCUGUCUGUACGCUGUUCAACAGCCUCAAUGGUUGGUAUAGAUAUUUUCGAACAUGAGUUUCAAAGAAAGGUAGAAAAAAAGAAGAAAAUUUUGCCUCUUGGACGAAAUGCUAUGUAUAAUGAUGCCGGGAUGGUGGAACUAAAAAUUUUUUCAAUCAUUUCUAAUUUCAAUCCUUGAAUUUACACGUUGUUUGCUACAAUGUGAAAUUGAAAUUCUCAUGAAUUUCAAAUAUCACCAGGUAAUUUAAAAAAU